GGCUGCAGCCUGCGGGGGAUCCGAGCUCUGAGCCGGAGCUGGAGCUGAGGCGUCGAGGGUGGGGGGAGUUGAUCUGUGAUCGCGAGGGGAAGGACGGAGAGAGCUGCAAGAUGGCAACAACACUGGUUUUGACUCCGGACAUCUCCCACGAUAAAACCAGCCGCUUUCAGUUGGUGUCCUGGUUCAACCACCUGCUCAAAACGAACUUCAAGGAUGUGCGAGAGAUGGGUUCAGGAGCGUGUCACUGUCAGAUGCUGGACUGGGUUAUUCGUGGCUCUGUUGACAUGACCAAGGUGAAGUUUGAUGCAAAGGGCGAGGACGAAUAUAAGCACAACUUCAGUCUGCUCCAGGAGGCCUUCAGCAAGAGGGGUAUCACCAAGACCAUUCCAGUUACGAGUCUCGGAAACGGGGAUCUUAAAAGCAACAUUAAGAUCUUGAAGUGGUUCAAAGCUUUUUACACAGCAAAUGUAAAGGACUGUAAAGAAUACGACCCUGUGAAAGCCCGGGACGGCCAGGAUAUCAGCCCAGUUGUUGCAUCUGAACCCUCGUCAGGUGUUGAAUUGGAAUCAGACAAAGAAGAGAAAGGCACUAACAUAAGUAAAAAACACCCAUUCACAGAAAACUGGAAGAAUAUGUUUUACUGGGCUGAAAAGAGCACUCUUGGAGAGCAAUAUACCUACUGCAGCACUUGUGCUAGAAACCUCAAAACCUUUUCUAAAGGCCAUUUUGAACUUCAGCGUCACAUGGACACAAACACUCACAACAAACGGGGAAGAAUUUCCAAGAGUCUCAGCCUCCAAAGCCAACCCUCUGAGCCGCUGCCCUGCAGUGAUGCAGCGAUCCGCUUUAUUCACAGACACUGUUAUAAUGGCUCUGCCAAAGGGGAACAGGUGUCUGUACACUUUGCACGCCGCAAGCUGGGGCUGCAGUACCCCAAAGAUAUAACAUCUGUUUGCCAGCACACUCCUUACUGUGUGUACAUUUACGGAGGGGAAACCGUUGGAAAGGAUGACACCGUCUCUGUGGUCCUCGUUGGAUUCUUUGACGUAGAAGCCUCCAGGCUCUGCAUCCGGUUUCUGGAUGCUCUUGAGUCAGAGAAUGGUGCAAAAGAUCAAACAGCCGUAGCAGUGGGGCAGACCUUAAAGAAAUUCGGGUUACCCGCAGAUAACCUUGUCGCUGUCUACCUCGAUGGUAAUGGUGCGGCCUCAGAGCAGAUCUGCUCACAGCUGAAGGAACUCAACCCGAACAUGGCGGUCUUUGGAGGGCUGUACAGCAUCAGUGAUGCUGCUUGCCAGGCUGGAGUUAAGCAGCUCUCCAAUCAGGCUCAAGAGCUGACGGUAGACAUGUAUGCCCACUACUCCUCCUCUUCUAAGAAGAAUGAUAACCUCAAGGCUCUCUUUGGCUCUGUCACCGUGGACUUUCCAUCAUCUUAUAUCAACGCCCGCUGCCUUAACUUUUGCCUUUUAGUCACAAAAAUGUUGGAAAUAUGGACAGAUCUUGUAUCGUACUUUAGCUCUUGUGACAAGAAUGAUGACAAAGCCAAGUUAAUCAGCUCCCGGCUGCAGGAUCCCAAAGUGAGGGCAACAUUUAUGUUUCUGGAGCAGGCCUUAAAGCCGCUGCACAAUUUCCAAAUGCAUCUGCAGACACCGGAAGGAGUUGCUCGAGCUGAUUUGCUGCUCAUUCUAGAAGAAGCCAGUAACCUGCUGAGCACCUACACCUCCUACUUCCUUCGUCCUCAAGCUGCUGCUCGCUUCCUCAAGGAACAUGAUGCCCAAAUCCUCAAAAACAAGAUAUUCCACCUCUCAAGCCCCGAACUCAGUCUGGGUGGGAAAGCCAUUGAAGAUUUCCUAAAUGAAUCUGAGUCUGUAGAGGCACUGCCACCGUUUACAGAGGAGGUGUUGUCUUUCUACAUCGCACUGACAGGUUGUAUUGCCGAGAAACUGCCUCUAAAUGAUGGGUUGCUAAGGAGCAUAGCUCAGCUGUUGAAUCCCCAGAGCAGGCAGAAAGUGACAGGGACAGCAGUUGGGGAGCUUGGGACCAAGCUGGGACUCUGCAGCUCCCCCGAGGAGGUCAAACAGCUCACGAGUGAAUUCCUUCAGUAUCAGCUGGCCGAGGAGGGAGAGGAGAACCACUCAGCAGAGGUUUCACUGGAGAAACACUGGGCCGGCGUGCUGAGGGACAGCAAGCAGACAGUGUUCAGGAGGCUUGUUUUGACCCUAUUGGCUCUUCCCUGUCCACCACUGGAUGCUCAGCACGUUUUUAAUCAGGCCUUCGAGAAUGGAGACGCUGCUCAGAUCUCCGACGGCGAAGCCUUAGCAGGAAGCGAGUCUGAGGCCACGUCCGACAGCCCCACCAAAAAAUACAGUAAAGAAGUUAAUGGCCGUAGUAUAGGAGUGAAGCAGUGUGAAGUCCGCCUAACAAAGAUUAGUAAGCUAAAGAAAAAAUGUGCUGAUACACCUGGAGAGAAUGGCAUCUUUAAAGAGGGGGCCAGUAGGGGAAGUUUUGGCUGGGAGAGCAGCUUGCGCCAGAAGCCACAGGCCCGUGCAGUGUUUCAGGCUGGUGCUAGCACCCGGUCCAAACCCGUAGGUCUUGAUAAGGACAGCAAAAAUGGUCUGGAGUCCCAAGAUGAGGUGCCACAAGAGUCUUCACCAUCCAGUAAAUCUACACCAAGAAGCCAAAGGAAGCACGUCUACCAGGAUGGGAAAGGGUUUCUGGCAGGAGAGCUGGUGUGGGGGAAAGUGAAGGGCUUUUCCUGGUGGCCUGGGCUGGUGACAUCCUGGAAAACCAAGUCCGCUCCCCCGGGCAUGCGGCGGGUGGAGUGGUUUGGAGACGGGAUGUUCUCAGAGAUCUACACCGAGGGUCUACUGGCAUUCAAUACUUUCACUAAGUGCUUCUGUAAAAAUUCCUUCGCCUGCUUGCCCCUCUACAAAGAAGCCAUCUACCAUAUUAUAGAGUUGGCAGGUGAGCGAUGUGGGAAAUCCUUUGCUGUGGCUGAAGGUGAUAAACAAAAAGAGCUGAAGUUGAUGCUGGACUGGGCUUCUGAAGGAUUUCUGCCUUCAGGACCAGAUGGAUUCCUACCUCCUGAUUCUGCUUCACAUGCUGAGACUUCUGACUCCACCCAGUCCGACUACCAGCCCCCAGCAAAAAGGAAAUACGUGUUUAAAAACAAGGCAAAUGCAGUCGCCAUCACCUAUAGCAGAGAAUUAAUAACAGAAAAGCUCAAAGAACAAGGAAUAACUAUCGAAGAUCUGUGUUUGUCUUGUGGAUCCUCUGACAUUGAAGUUUCUCACCCACUGUUUGAAGGUGCUCUUUGUCAAAAAUGCAAGGGGAACUUCACAGAGACGCUGUAUCGCUACGAUGAGGAUGGCUACCAGUCGUACUGCACCGUGUGCUGUGCUGGGCUAGAGGUCAUUUUGUGUGGGAUUGCCAGCUGCUGCAGGUGUUUCUGUAAGGACUGUCUGGAAAUCCUGGUGGGCCCGGGAACCUUUGACAAGCUGAAAGAUGUGGAUCCCUGGAGCUGCUUCAUGUGCAAGCCGUCGCAGUGCGAAGGGAACCUCAAACUCAGGCCAGACUGGAGCGUUAAGGUUCAAGACUUCUUCGCCAACAACAGCGCCAUGGAGUUUGAGCCUCACAGAGUGUAUCCCUCCAUCCCUGCUGACCAGCGCAGACCAAUCAGGGUGCUCUCACUGUUUGACGGCAUUGCAACAGGAUACCUGGUGCUCAAAGACCUGGGCGUCAAGAUGGAGCGCUACGUUGCUGCUGAGAUUUGUGAGGAUUCCAUCGCUGUGGGGAUGAUCAAGCAUAAGGGAAAGAUCGAAUAUGUCAAUGACGUUCGCACCAUCACAAGGAAACAUCUGGCGGAAUGGGGUCCAUUCGAUCUUCUGAUUGGAGGCAGUCCAUGCAACGACCUGUCAAUGGUCAACCCUCUUCGAAAAGGACUAUUUGAGGGCACUGGGCGGCUCUUCUUUGAGUUUUACCGCAUUCUGGCCAUGUUGAAGCCGAAGGAAGGCGACGACCGUCCGUUCUUCUGGUUGUUUGAGAACGUGGUUUUCAUGAGUGCCCACGACAAAGCAGACAUUUGCAGAUUCCUCGAGUGUAAUCCCAUUCUCGUCGAUGCAGUGAAAGUCAGCCCUGCUCACAGAGCACGCUACUUCUGGGGGAACCUCCCUGGCAUGAACAGGCCUCUCGCUACGUCUCUAGACGACAAAGUGUCUCUCCAGGAUUGUUUGGAACUCGGACGCACGGCAAAGUUUGACAAAGUCCGCACCAUCACAACAAAGUCUAACUCCAUAAGGCAGGGGAAGCAUGGACCGCUGCCUGUCAGCAUGAAUGGAAGAGAGGACUACCUGUGGUGCACUGAAAUGGAACAGAUCUUUGGAUUCCCCAAACAUUACACGGAUGUGAACAACAUGGGUCGGAUGCAGAGGCAGAAAGUCCUGGGUCGCUCCUGGAGUGUCCCCGUCAUCCGCCACCUGUUCGCUCCACUGAAGGAUUAUUUUGAAUGUGAAUAACAACCUCUGAAGUGAAUCUUCAUCGACCACCUGUCAGAGCAGCAGCGGUAAAACCUUACUGCCUUAUCCUGCCCCACCUUUCUGGGUUCACACUUUUCAAACUCUCCAAUCUUCUUUUUUUUUAUUCUGAAAGACCUAAUUUAGUGUUUACUAUUUAGAAUUUUAGAAAUGUUUUACUCAUAAACUCUUUUAAUCCUGUGACUCUUCCACCAGCAGCCUCUGACACUUCCCGGUUCAGGUUCACUUUGAUAAAUGAUGGUGCUUUGAUCAAACAGUACUGAUGCUGAACACGGAUCUGUAUCAUGGAGGGACAUUAGACAGUUAGCUGGUUCUCUUUGGGCUCAACUCUGGUCGACCAUUUCUAGAGGCUGGCUCACUUUUAAUCAGGUUCAUUUAGAGUUUAAUAUAAAGUUUAGGAGCAAUAACGCGAUUCAUCAUUUCUACACAACCGGAUCCCAACACUGACAAAGUUUAUCAUGACGUCACUCGUGAUUAAGUUGAAGUAGAGACACUUUUAGUGAUAAGUUAAAUUAUGACAACAUGAAACAACUAUGUGUCCACUCUGAGGACUUUUAACAAACCGGUAGUUAAUCCUGUUGUCAAUAAGGUGCAUGUUCACUGAACACUGUUUGUAGUUAGUCCAGUAAAUCAUGAGUAAAACAUUAUGUUUACAUUAUCAGUGAAUUGGAGUUAUAUUUAUAAUGUGUGGUUGCUUGUAGUGUUGAAUCUACAGUUGACUUGACUCUGCCGACUCCCUCAGCUGUUUUAGAAUCUCUCAGCUGAUUGUUUUGUUUCACUAUCGCCCCUCAUUGCAUCUGUUGUGGCUGUUUUUAUUGAAAAGCCACUGUUCUCUACCCAUCCAUCACUAAAUGACAGACAUGGUGAGACAUGAGCUGCUGAUUACUGCGGAGGAUUUUGCACAUAAAGAUCCAGAUGUUUCCCUCGGGAGUUUGGAGAAACCGAAUUAGAGCUAAAACAGAGUGAACAUUGGACUUAAACUUAUCAGGUCACCAAAAGUGCCAAAACAUCACAAAUUCAAACAGCAGAACAGGUUGAUAAAGACUCAUUAACAAUAUGUGGGUAUUACUUCUAAAGUAAUAACCAGCAUCAUGAUACUGUUUACUCAGGAUCAUUUUAGACUCUUUGAAACCAGGUAACCGCUGAUCUCGCUUCAUGAUACAGGUCUCAGGUCUCUACCUCAACACGGAUUUAUUUGCAGUUACACUUUUUAUCUUUAAUUAUUUAUGAACAACAAUGUUCUUUCUGUGUGUAUUUUAUUUUGUCGUGUAAUCUUACCAGAGAUUUUAGGUCUAAUCCGGCCAGUUUUUAUACAUUUUUAACCAAAUUACAUUCAUCCUGCUACAGAGCACCAGUGACUUUGUGCUAACAUUUAGAUUUUUAUCUAUUUUAAGGACUGUUAUUUAUACUAGACCAAAAACAAACUGACUAUUCAUUUAACAGUAUUUCAACUGCAGUGUCCUAAUGCUACAGAGGGCUCACUCACACAUCAUGGUAAAUGUCUUCUUAUGAGGAUACUUGUACUUUAAAGGACCACAACAGUGGUUUUGCACGUUUGAUCCCUUUAAUAACCAAAUGUCUACAAAAGCUUGAAAGAGUUUUUUUAUUAUUGUGGUUAAUUUUUUUUAAAUACAACAUUUAAAUCUUCCUCAGGAUCAAACACAAAGGCGAAGUUAAAGUAGUUAAAAUAUACAUGUACUACACAUGGGGAUUUUGUUGGUUUCGUUUUGUUUUAGUAUUUUCAAUCAAUGUAAAUACCAGGGCUGCAACUACAAUUAUUUCCAUUAUCACUAGAUCCUUUGAUAAUUUUUUCAAUUAAUCAUUUUGUCUUGAAUUCCAGAAAACUGAAAAUUGUCUGUAAAUCUUAAGUUUAAGUCUUUGUUAUCAAAUUACCUGUUUCAUCGAGCAAAUCACAUACACUCAUCCAAAAGAAGACGUCACCUUGGACUCUUCAAAGUUGUGAAUUGGCAUUUUUUCAGCAUAUUUAAAUUAAAUAAUCAAUAAUUUGAAAAAACAACUGCUACAAUAAUUAGUUGUUAAAUUCAUUGUAAACACAUUAAUCUUUUAUGAUUGUGGACUAUUGGACCUUGUGAUGAGCAUCUUUCACUUUGUUCUGAUUUGUUAUUGGCACCGAUUAAUCGAUAAAAAGAUGUGAAUCAGUGAUGUUAGGUGCAGCCCUGCUAUCACGUGAAAGAAAGAAGUUGUGGUUUGUUAACUGUACUGUCAGCAGUAAUGUUUACUGUCACUCCGAUCUCAGUCAGACAUUAAUAUGCAUCAGUGUAAUAUCUUUAUUUUUGUUUACUGUAACUUUGCCUAGUUUUUAAUUCUCAUACAACAUUGUCAUGUGACCUUGGAGUAGGAUUUUACUCACACCCGUGUUUCCUUCGUUCAGAUGAGGGAUUUCUUAACUUUUCUGAAAGUUAGGAUUGUGGUGCUGCCUCACGUGUGAAUCACUGUUGGUUUUCCUGUGGUUGACCAUUUAUUACUUUUCACUGUGUGUAACGUACUCAUCUGUGAAUGCUGGACAGACCUGCAGUGAGAACAGACUGUUCCAGACGAGGUCGACACUUUUACCUCAUCGACCUUUGGUUCAUCCGGUUUCCUGAUGGUGCUACGCUAACGGUGCUAACUCUGCAUGUACAGUUUGUCUGUUUACCUGUGCCCUGAUUGGCUCCUUAUAAAAGUGAAUGUUUCGGUUAGGAUUGUGUUUUGCUGUGUGCUGGUUCUUCAAUUGUGUGUGUUAGUGACUUAUAUAUAUUAGCGUUAUAUAUUUCAAUUUCCUCGCUGAGAAGAACCAGUCAGGACGUACUGAAUAAAUGUAUGUGGGAUUUUUACUCGGGGCAUCAUUGGACAAGUGGGGCUUGUUUUUAAUGGCCUGACAUGUUGUUUUUGUUUGUUUGCUUUUGUUUUGUUUGUUUUUUCUAUUAUUUUAAUUAGAAUCUUACUAAUUUUGUCCAAAAAAAAUAAAAAAUUUCAAGGACCAAAACAUAUAUAUUUAUAUAUUUGAUUUGAUUACUUUUGACUAACAAAUAGAUUUGGCCUUUUCUAAAAUCAGUAUAUAAAUAUAUUUAACUCAAACUUCUUUGCUAAUUAUGGAAAUCAUGCUGCAAAGCCACUGGAGCUCAGUGUGGUAACAUCUGCUGAUUGAAUCUAUGCUGUUGUAUAAAUCCAGUGAUUAUGAACAUGUCUGGACGUCUACUGUAGAAAUGACACGUUUCUCCAGCAGAGGUCAAACGUGUUAAAAGCUCCGCUGCAGUAAAACAUUUGAGACGUGCAGAGAGCGAAUAUCAGCAGUUUUAUUUUAUCGAGCUCAUCAGCCUCCUGGGAGUCUGCGUCCCGUCACAGCUGUUAAACAUGGAUGAGACUGUGUUUUACUUCAUUGGUUUUAAUCCUCACAGUAUCAUCAGUACUGUUUUCAUUUGAGUUCUUGGUUCAUAAAUAAAAAAUAAAGAAGAUCAAACUAAAACAUCAAA